AUGCAAUCCCUCCUCCGAACCCGCCUCCCAAGCGUACUAGCGCAAUCCCGACUCCGCGCGCGUCCAAACAACCUCAAAUCCUACAAUGCAUACCCAUACACCCACACCCUAAGACACGCAAGCACAACGCUCAAACUCGAUCUCCCCUCCCUCGACAAGAAAUGGCAAGAAAAAUGGACUUCCGAGGGUGCUGUCACCACCACCACCACCCAGCCACAAUCCCAAUCUCCAAAUACAUCCAAACCCCAAUCCUACAUCCUCUCAAUGUUCCCCUACCCCUCCGGAACACUACACAUGGGCCAUCUACGCGUCUACACAAUUUCCGACGUGCUAGCGCGGUAUUAUAGAAUGCGUGGACACGAAGUGCUCCAUCCGAUGGGGUGGGAUGCUUUCGGGCUUCCGGCUGAGAAUGCGGCUAUUGAGCGGGGGAUUGAUCCUGCUGUUUGGACGGAGAGUAAUAUUGCGAAGAUGAAGGAACAGCUGGGUUGUAUUUCUGCUGAGUUUGAUUGGGAGAGGGAACUGGCGACUUGUUCUCCUGACUUCUAUGAGCAUACUCAGCGUAUCUUCCUCAUGCUCUACCAGAAGGAUUUGGCGUAUCAGGCUGAGGCGCUGGUUAAUUAUGAUCCGGUUGAUAAGACGGUUUUGGCUAACGAGCAGGUUGAUGCCAAUGGGUUCUCGUGGAGGUCUGGUGCCAAGGUUGAGAAAUUGAACUUGAAACAAUGGUUCUUCCGUAUUACUGAAUUCAAAGAAGCGCUGUUGAAAGAUCUCGACUCUCUUUCUGGGGGUUGGCCGGAGCGUGUUCUCUCUAUGCAGCGGAAUUGGCUUGGUAAAUCUUAUGGUGCCAAGGUUACUUUCCCCGUUACUGUCAACAGUGAUGGGGGCGAGCAGGUUAAUGUGGAUGUUUUUACUACCCGUCCUGAUACCCUGUAUGGAGUUGAAUAUCUUGCACUCUCUUUGAGUCAUCCUAUUGUGCUCAAGGCUGCCGAGAAAGACGAGGCUCUUCGCAAGUUCCUGGGAGAAGCUUCGUCGUUUACGCCAGACUCGAAAGCUGGGUACAGGCUAUCUGAUGUGGAAGUGUCUCAUCCGCUGCUCAAAAUUGAUACAGAGAGCUCUCGAUUGUCGAGGAAGCUUCCUGUUUUUGUCGCACCAUAUGUCCUUGGUGACUAUGGUGAAGGAGCAGUCAUGGGAGUUCCCGGUCACGAUACCAGGGAUAUGUCAUUCUUCAAGGAGAAUGUGAACCCCCAUUCUAUCUCUGUCGUUAUUGAGGCUGAGGCAGCAGGUAAUGAGGCGAAAAGUGUUGUCCCAGCUUCUGAUUCCAAGGCUUUCACUCAAGAGGGCUUUUUAACUUCCAUCUGCGGGAAGUACUCAGGUCUGCACUCCAAGGAGGCAUCCAAAAGGAUUGUCAAUGACCUUAAGCAGGUUGGACAAGCUGAAUUUGUUGAGAGCUGGCGUCUGCGUGACUGGCUGAUUAGUCGUCAGCGGUACUGGGGCGCCCCUAUCCCCAUCAUCCACUGCGGCGACUGUGGUGCUGUCCCUGUUCCUGCGGAGGACCUCCCAGUCAAGCUACCGAAGAUCGAGGGAGACUGGCUGAAAGGCAAGAAGGGCAAUCCCCUCGAAUCAUCGGAAGAAUGGCUCCACACGAGUUGCCCCAGUUGCGGAGGAGCAGCUAAGCGGGACACAGAUACCAUGGACACCUUUGUAGACUCUUCAUGGUACUUCCUGCGCUUCCUCGACUCAGCCAACAAAAAGGCUCCAUUCUCUCCUGCUGUGGCACGGCCAGUAGAUGUCUAUAUCGGCGGUGUCGAGCAUGCUAUCCUGCAUCUCCUCUACGCCCGUUUCAUCUACAAGUUCCUCGCUCAGUCAGAGCUACUUCCAACUGGAACCUCUGGGCCUGCAGAACCAUUCAAAUCUCUCCUCAGCCAAGGCAUGGUACACGGCAAGACCUUCACUGAGCCCUCCACGGGUCGAUUCCUCCGCCCAGAGGAAGUUGACCUCGCCAACCCAGACAAGCCUUUGAUCAAGGGUACACAAGUCACGCCCAACAUCUCCUUUGAGAAAAUGUCCAAGAGUAAAUACAACGGCAUGGACCCAACGGAAUGCACAUCAAAGUACGGCGCCGAUGCCACACGCGCACAGAUCCUCUUUGCUGCCCCGGUCAGCGAAGUCUUAGAAUGGGACGAAUCAAAGAUCGUCGGUAUGGAGCGAUGGUUCGGCCGACUCUGGAAGCUCGUCCAAGAUACCCAACAAUCCCUCGCAGAGUCAUCAUUCUCCAUCCCAGCAGAAAGCCUAUCCGCACUAACUGGUCACGCCGCCCCUCUACCAUCAUCCCUCAAUGAUCUGAGCGACGCAGACGCAGACGCCAUCCUGGCCACACACAACACCAUCUCAUCCGUCACAACCUGUAUUGAGAGCAACCCCUACAGUCUGAACACAGUCAUCUCAGAUCUGACAAAAUUAACAAACACCCUCAACACAACCCCAGCAUCUACCCCUCUAGUCCUCUACCUGACAAUCUCCUCUCUCCUCCGCCUCCUGGCUCCCAUAGCCCCAGCUCUAUCAUCCGAAUCCUGGGAAAUCCUCCACAAAUCAACCAAACCGGAACAAAUCCCCUCAAUCCUCACAUCACCCUGGCCAAGCACCCUCCUCAGCGCGGAAGAAGCAGAGACCCUCGCCGCUCGCGGUGGCCAAAAGGUCGCUGUGCAGGUUAACGGCAAGACGCGGUGUGCUGUUACGAUCCCGUCUAUGAAGUCGUCUUCUGCAUCUGGAAAGGCAGGGAAGAAUUCCCCACCUACUCAGGAAGAACAGGAUUGGAUCAUUGGUCGUGUGCUUGAAACUCCCGAGGGGAAAUUGUGGCUUUGUGAGAAACAUGAUUGGGAGAUGAGGAGGAGAGUUAUUGUUAUUAAGGGGGGGAAGCUGGUUAACGUUGUUUUUUGA